AAGGAUGCUUGAAAUGGGUGUGGUCAUAGCCUCAUAGUUUGACAAUAUCAGAGGUUGAGGAUGUAAAAUCCAAAUCAAAGUUCCCUAGCCUAUAAGUUUGCUCCUUUGACAUCAUCAACAUACGUAUAUAUUAUUACUAUCAUUCUAUGAUUUUUCCCCUUUAAAAGCUGGCCAAAGGCGGUUCGUGAAACUAACUAGCCAAAACAAAAUGAUCAGCAUCCAAAUUCAAUCUUGCCACACCAUCCUCCCCUCUGAACCCACCCCUAACGAAAAACUCUACUCCUUGUGCGAACAAAUCAAGCUCCGAACCCAUGCUCCCCUCCUCUAUGUGUACAAGCCGCACAACCACAAAAACCCGUCAACCUUCAUUCAGACUCUCAUCAACUCUCUCAGCCAAGCUUUAGUAAUUUACUACCCACUAGCAGGGAGGUUGAGUUGGAUUGAAGGAAGUAGAUGGGAACUCCAUUGCAAUGCCAAGGGAGCACAAUUCUUACAAGCCAAAUGCGAAGAACAAGUAAGCUUAGAUGACUUGGGUGAUUUCGCACCAACCCAUUUGGUCUCACCACUCAUCCCCAACAUUGAUUAUGAUGUUCCUAUUGAAGAAAUCCCUCUUCUGGCGGUGCAAUUAACAAAGUUCUGUUGUGGCGGUUUUACAUUAGGCGUGGCGUUUUGUCGCGCCGUAAUUGACGGGCCAGCAUCCAUGCGUUUCAUGAACACGUGGGCGAAGCUGGCACGAGGAAAGGGUUUGGACCCGAUGAUAGAUAUGCCAUGUCACGACCGCAACCGUCUAGAUUCACGAAAAUUAAAUCAUUCAGAGCUGAAGUCGCACGCAGGCCAACAUCGUGAGUUCCACACGCCUCCUGCUUGGGUAGGUGGGUUUCGAGAAACCAGGGCAGUGGUUGCUCUAGUGAAACUAACGAGAGAACAAGUGGUAAAACUCAAGAUGAAAGCUAGUAGUUCCAACGCUGCAUCAACAAAACAGAAAGCUUAUUCGAGUUUUGAGGUUGUUGCAGGUUACCUUUGGAAAUGCGUGAGCAAAGCACGCUACGCGGGAAAUGGUGAACAACCCACGAGGUUGUCGACACUGGUUAAUUGUAGAAACCGAUUGAGGCCACCACUCCCUGAUGGUUAUGCGGGAAACACAGCGUUUCCAACCGUGACACCAACGAGCUCGUUUCACGACAUCAUCCACAUGCCUUUGAGUUAUGUCGUGGAGAAUGUUCGAGAAGCGCUUGAAAUGGUGAAUGAGGAGUUUGUGGGGUCCUCACUUGAUUACAUUGCUAGGGAGAAGGAUAUUGAAUCAAUGAGGUAUAAUUUUCACUACCCUGCACCAAGUGUGCACAAGGGACCUUCUAAAGGGAACCCGAACCUUUUUGUUGUGAGUUGGAUGAAUUUCUCGUUUAAAGAUGCGGAUUUUGGGUGGGGGGAGCCUAUUUAUUUUGGGCCUGGGUACUUGGAUUCUGAAGGGAAGGCCUUCCUUUUGAAUGAUGCUGAUAGGAAUGGGCUCGUUGUGGCUAUUUCUUUGGACAUGUCUCAUGUGGAUGCUUUCAGGAAAUUGUUUUAUGAUGGCAUUGAAGAUGUUUUCCCCUCUUCCAAAUUGUGAUGGGUGUUGUCCCAGAACUUGACUUGGAGUUUUUCUGCAUGCACUGGUUUCGACUAAGAAAAUUACUAGAGCUCCAACAAACAAAGCGCAUGUAUGAACGGUGGUCGUCACGAUGCUAUGAUAGUCUUGUUCGAACAUUAAAAAUAGUGAUGCAUGCAUUGGUGGUCAGUCAUGAGUUGUGGAACCUUGGAGGUGAAUGAUGGGUUAUGAUACUAUACGUGAACCAUUAAGAACUCCUUGGAAACAUUUUCCGUGAAUGAUUCGUUGGAUGGGUGACUGGUAGAGGCGGCAAUUGUUUGACAAGAAUCUCACAGAAAAUAAUUUUAUAAUUUGGAAUGUAUAACUACAAUUUUUUAAUAUUACGUUUAGUAGUUUUUUUUAGGUCUGUUUAGUAGUUGAAGUUAAUGUAACAUGAUAAUUAUCAUAUUGGAAAAACAAUUACGAGUA